UUCCAACGGUCAGACAGGCUUUAAGGGCUCUUUCAUUUCGUGAGCGGAGCUGAGGUGCCGUCUCAGGCUCCACCAGCUGGUGUGAGCUGCCGCGCAGAGACCGGGGGUCCCAGCAGGUGGACGGCCACGUGCUGCAGGGGCCCUUCCAGUUCAGCGCCCUGGACACAGCGUCUCUCCUUGGUUCCUGCUGUUCCGAUGACCCGUCAGGUAGAGCUCAUUCGAAUCACUGCCAAACAGAAAACAUGAUGUGUGUGGACUGUACAGAAUGAAGAAUGUGCCCACCUCCCAGCUCAGAGCCCCCCUUGCCCAUCCCUCCCUCCUCGGGGCCUGCUGGCCGUGCGCCUCCGGGUUUGCUUUGCUGCUGAGGCUGGGGCUGCACGGGGCACCUGAGCGCAGCCGCUGCUCUCCUGCCCUGGGAUGUGUGGAGGGGCCCCGAGGUGUCGCCACUUCAGGGAGCACUGCUUUGGUGCCUUCUCCGUGCUCCCUGCUGCACUGGGGUCAGGGCUUCUACUCGGACGUGGAGUCACAGGGCCACCGGUAUGUACACGUUCCACCUCGGCAGCUCUAGGGAAGUGACGGAACCAAUUUAGGUCCCACCCGCAGUAUUAAAAAAAAGCUGCAGGUGCUCCCCGUCCUUGCCGAAGGCUGGCCCUGAACUUGUUCAUCUGUGCCGGCCUGGGGGGGCGGGAUGGUAUUUUAUUGAGAUUUCAGCGCGUGUCUGCCUGGUCACCUGAGGGGCUGGGGCCUCCUGCAUAUGGUGAGUGGCCGUCUGGGUUCCCUCACCUGUGAGCCGCCCCUUCGAGUCUCUUCCCCAGUUUUCUACUAGGUCUUUUUUUUUUCUUAUUGAUUGGUAGGAGUUCUUUCUAUAUUCUCUUUUACCCCUUUACAGUUUAUAAGUUUUAUGUGUUCUACGGUUAUUCGUGUUUAUAGAUUCCAGUUUGUUGCCGGCUUCCCAUUGUGGUGUCUUGUUAGACAGAUGUUCUUAAAUGGAUGAAGUCAACUGUAUCUUGUUUCUUAUGGUAAAGGCUUCUGUGUCUUUAAAGAACUUGUUCCCUUCCCUGACAUCGUUCUGUAUUAUUGUCUGAUCAUUUUGUUUGUUUUGCUUUUCACAUUCAGGUUUAUAAUUCAUCUGAAGAUAAUUCCUGCCUGGCGUCAGUUUUUAUUUUUCCCACGGGGUUGGAUGGAACCGGACGUGCCCUCCCGCGCCCCCGUGCUCCGUGGGGAAGUUUCCGGGUGUGCAGACGUCCUGCGUGUCCCUCACACCCCGUGGGGUGCCUGUCCCCUGCCCACGUUCUCUUGCGGCUGCAGCAUGUGGUGGUUCUUGGUUUCCAGGUGGGGACGUGGCCCCGUCUUGUUCUGCGGGAAGUCCAGGGUGCCUCGGCGUUUGCGUGUAAGUGGUAGGUCAGCUUGGGAAGCGCCGGGAGGCAACGGCUGGACUUGGAGUGGAGUGACGUUAACUCGAGGUUGGGAAGCAGUGGCUUUUUUGCAGCAGGGUGUUUUCAUGAACAUGCUGUCUGUGCCUCUAUCUGGAUUUUCUUCAAUGUCCUUCAGUUGAGUUUUAUAAUUUUUUCCAUGAAGGUCACUGUUCCUGUAAGAUGUGGUCCGCAGGUGCUUCAUGGUUUUGAUGCUGUUGUAACUGGCAUCUUCUUUUAAACUGUGCCCUGGUCAGACGGUGUAAAGAAAGGCGGGUGAGCCCUGCAAGUUCCCAGGAAACUGGAUCUUAGUUUCCCAGCUGUUAAAACAAACACCAUGCAGCGGGCGGCUCUUGGUUUCAGAGCUGAGAAGGCUGGCUGCCUCCUGGGGUCAGAAUCUUCCAGCUGCCCGGAAAUCUUUGGGGUUCCUGGGCUUUUCCGUCAUGUGGUGCUGCAUGUGGUGCCAUCUUCUCCUUUCUCCUCGGGUCCCCUUGCCUUCCGGCUUCUCCUGUGGCUUCUGUGUCCGAUUUCCUUUGCUCACAAGGACUCAGCCCACCGCGUGAAGCUGACACCCUCCCAGGCCCUGUUUACAGAUGGUGCACGCCCACAGGACCUUUCGUGGGGUACAUGAUUCGAUCCCCAGCACCCUGCCAAGGCUAACUCGAACAAUGUGCCUUCAGUUCUGUUUCCCUGGUCCUUUCCACUGCUGGGACUUUUGUUUUCCUCGUCUUCCCAUGUUGAAGGGAGGCAAGUGGCAACAGGGCCAUUGUUCCCGAGUUCACUGACGGCUCAGCACCAGUGGCACUGAUCGUGUGCCGGCACUGAGCAGCUCUGGGGACUCGGCAGUGCACAGACAGCCAGAAAUCCCUGUCCUCCUGCAGGCGCAUGCUGGUGGAGAGGAGUAAGACACCAAGUAGUCAGGUGGUAAAAGUGCUCUGGAGAAGAUAAAGCAGGAAGCUGUGUGUGUGUGUGGGGGGUGGAACUGUGCCGGCCCCUCACCCCAGCACCUGGGCGUGGUAAGUCAGGGGCCACGGGAUGCACUGGUGUCCGCGUGAGAGGCCGCUGCCGGGAAGCCACGUGAAAUGGAGCGUGUUCUCAAGCCAGGGGUCACCUGGGCAGGCUCUGGGAGAGAGUCUCAGACCCUGGCCUCGGGGACUGAGAGAGAGGAAGCCUCCUAUGGGAUCCACCCAGCUGGUGGUGUUUUGUUACAGCAACUCCAGGAAACUUCAGGCAGAUUUUAGUCCUGGGAAGUGGGGGUGCUGUGGUAACAAAUACCUGAAUACGUGGAAGUGGCUUUGGAACCAGGUUAUGGGCAGUGGCAGGGACGGGGGUGCUGGGUGCGUCUGGCGAGGGCCCGGCAGGAAGCGGGGUGCGGGGCAGAGGAGCUGCUGUUGGCCUGGAGAAGGCGGCCCUGCCUGGGCUGUCCUCACGGAAGCCCACGUCCCCUUCUCCCGGUUUCACCAGGAGUCAGGGAUGGGCGUUGAAUGUCAUCACAUGUUGGUCUGGUUAAGUUUCCAGUACUGUCACCGUUGCAACUUCAGCUGCGGGGUUCGGUUUGCCGAGUCUCCCCCAAGUGGCCCUGUCUGGUCUGGGAUUGGUAAAGGGACUUGGAACGUCCUUCACUUCUUUCUCUGGGAGAGUUUCUGGAAGGCAAGUCUGGUGUGCUCUCCAGUUCUGCUCUCACUGCCAGUCCUCCGUGGUGGGCCUCGCUCCGUCUGCUUUCCCAGCGAGAACGCAGAGCUAAGCAUUGCCUUUUGGGCGCCACUGACGAGCAGCACAAACGCCGGGGCGCGCUUCUGCCGCAACCUGCAGCUGUGACUUCUCCGGCUCCUGCGCGCGGGGCGGGAUGAGGGCAGCCCUCGGAGCAGGCAGCCCCGGCGCUGCUCUCACCACUCGUUCCUGAUUUGUGCCUGCACGGCCCUUCCUUUUCCUCGGAGGGUUUCUGUCUUAAAGGAUUGUUCUGCUGUUGUGUUAACUGUUGCCUUGGGUGCGUGCCGACCUCGCGCGCCGUGUCCGUUUGUCCGUGAGUCCGACCACUCUGGCACCGCGGUGGUGUCCUCCCUCCCCUGGGGCUCGCACACCGUCCUCGGUCCCCUGGUCCCCAUCAGCCAGCCCCCGCCGUCCCCCGGCGUGCGGUCAGACAGAGUCCGCGGCCACUGCUGUCGGGCCUGCACCGAGUUCCCGCAGGCUGGACACGGGGGGCUUCAGUGCCCGUCCUUUGCAGUUCUGGAACUUGGCACCAUCGCGCUAACCUGCCAGCCAGGCGGCUGAGGGGCCGCGAGGGUCCUGCCUGGAAGCCCCCCGAGGGUGCAGGAGAGCACCUGGCCCCAGGUGACGAGGGCCCCGAGCCCCAGGACACGCAGCGCGUCACCCCUGUCUGCUCCCCUCCCACCUGGCCUCCCCUCUGCAGGUGGGUGUUGGGGGCGGGCUCCCCUCUGCUCUCAGAUCCCCAAACCUCCCUCUCUGGGGUCCACUGAAGCCUGAGUGUGUGUGUGUGUUUUGGGGGGAGGGGGCGGGGCCCAAGGCCCCUUCUCUGCUUUCUGCUCACAGAUUUGUUGGCGCACUGUUGUUGGUAGCCCUGUUAUCCUUUUUAUUUCUGUAGGGUCAAUGGUGAUGUCUCCCCUCUCAUUUCUGCUUAUAUUUAUUUGAGUCUCUUUUUCUUUUUCAGUCUAGCCUAAUGGUUUGUCAA